AUGUUGUGCCUCUUGCCUCCGAGGCAACUUAAACGCAUCAGAUGUCAAUCGUCAGGUGAGUCAAGGACUAAAGGUCUUUGGCUUAUAUUUUAUCUUAACAUGGAACAUAUUCUCAGGCAGAAGUCCGGAAUUUCCAAAUCAGCAAAUGAAUGGUGGCAACACUUUGGGCAGGCUUCAAAUCGCAAAAUUAAAGGUGGCAACACUUUGGAUAAGUUCGCAUUCAUUUAUGAUUGA